AUGGGAACUUACAUGGUCCGUGAUGAGGAAUUCUAUCAAGCGAUGUUAAAAUGUUCCAAAAUUGGGGCACUAGCUCGAGUUCAUGCUGAGAACGGUUCCGUGAUCGCUGAAAGGGCGAAAAUGUUGCUGAAGAAAGGUAUCACUGGUCCAGAAGGUCAUCGUCAAAGUCGGCCCAGAAGAGGUGCGCUGGAAGCUGAGGCAACUAAUCGAGCUUGUACGAUGGCAUCGCAGGCCAAUUGUCCCCUCUACGUCGUCCAUGGCCACGUAAUCUUUGGCGAGCGCCUUAUAGCGCUUGGUUUAGCACUUGACGGUACGCACUAUUACGACAAAGAUUGGCUUCAUGCCGCCAGAUACGUCAUGUCCCCACCGCUUAGUGUCGAUAAGUCAACACCAGAGAAACUUAUGGACAUGCUAGCCGCUGACCAACUGCACCUGACAGGAACUGACAACUGCACCUUCAACGCCGAACAAAGAAUGAGCGGCCGUCAUGAUUUCACGAAAAUUCCCAACGGUGUUAACGGCGUUGAGGAUCGUAUGAGUGUAGUAUGGGAUCGUGGAGUUCACACAGGGAAAAUUAAUCCAAUGCGUUUCGUGAAGAUAACAAGUUCCAUGGCUGCAAAAAUAUUCAAUAUCUAUCCGCAGAAAGGUCGCAUUGCUGUAGAUUCUGAUGCGGAUAUUGUUAUUUGGAAUCCAAAUAAGAAGAGGACAAUCUCAAGUACUACUCAUCAUCACGUCAGUACUCCUAGGGCCAGCGCUUCCACGUUUUGA